AUGGACCUGAGAUUGCCGAAGAACGGAUUCAGAGAAGGAUUCGAUCUAAAGUACCCCGAUGGCCGCGUGGCGCAACAACAUGACUUGAUCUCUUAUAACCAAAGCACGAAUUUUGAUUUUCUAUACUCGCGCUAUGCAGAGAUCUAUUAUGAUCAGAAUUGCAAUCCUGAGGUGGACAUUUCGCCCUCAAUUGCCGGUGGCGGCGGAGCCAUCUUCACGUCGGAUGUGGUAGGCCGAUUCAUGGAAAUGGCGCCAAAUGCUCGGACAGACCCGCUGUUCAAUCCCACAGGCCUGUCCCAGACUACUCCGUCCCUAGCGAGCAUGCAGCCGAACACUGGAUGGAUACACACCGACCAGACUAGGCCAGCGAACGCGGAUUUCCCAUCCUCGGCCAAAGCCUACAACACGACCUCCGUCCCCACCGCAGAGAACGCGUCUUCGGAGAACCGGAUCAUCUACCGAAGCGCGGGGGAUAAAGACCGACUUGAACUCCUUAUCCAUAUACUGUGUGAGCUCAAAGACACCCACGGAGUCACAGCAGACAAGCUCCGGAGAGCUGGUCAAAACGUGCGCUGCCAGAUCAUGCCGGCAGACCGUCUACAAAUCCUAGAUGAGAUUUAUUACGUGCGACAGAUGGAAGAGCGAUUUAUGGACGGAAAGAUUGAACCUAAUACCCUGCUCGUGGUGACGCAAACUCACCCCCCUGGGGCUAUCUACCAAGAGCACGGGCCGUCCGUUCGGGAACAUGCUGGCCCCAAUUUAGCGUCAGAUACCGAGUGUGAAGGGCGUUUCCCAGGUGGAGAUCGUAGCCCGUCGUCCAAUUACAGUGGCCCGCCGACGAUACAAUGUCACCAAACAUUACCGCCGUCGUCCGCUUUAGACCAUUCGAUGAUGACAGGUUCGAAGGCGGAUUCUUUCAGCAUACCUCCGCCCGCAAUAUCUCAGGAGACCCUAAGCACCUCGAAAGACAUGCACAAAGACCCGAACUAUAGAUCGGACUAUUGCUCUCAGCCAUUUGCUCCAGAGCAUCCCUGGUAUUGGCCAGCUGUGGCUCCUUUAUCGCAACAUCCAACAAAUUCAGGAUACGGCUUCUGA